UGUAACACCGAUAUUUCGGGACUCCCUCAAGAAAUUUGGCCCUCAGAAAGGUUUGGCUACAACAAGCACAAGAAAACUUGUUCCAUCAAUGCCUGCCAGCCAGACAAUCAGGCAACCAGCUCUCUUUAUGAUCGAUCACACAGGUGCCAACCCAGCGUUGAAUAUGGAGUGGUUGAGAAAUGCAGAUUUCAGCAAAAAAAUGAAAGUAACCGAGGAUCAUCGGCAGGAGGGAUCCACACCAAACAAUUACCACCAUAAAGAUCCGCUUUUAAACCACGACAACCCACGUCUACCACCAGUGGUAAGAGAUCAGGAGGAGGAAUUUAGUUUCGUAUGCGCAAAUCCUUCAGGACCCUUGAUAUCUGCAGAAGAUAUAUUCCAAAAUGGUAUGAUUAGGCCGACUUACACUUUAUGCAACCGUGAUGAUCUCCUGUUUGCCGAGGAUGUUAGAAUUAAAGCAAAAACAUCAACCCCAUCAACUCCGUUAAUGUUCAUGGAAGAGCGCAGCGAAGCGGAGGGACCGUGCUGCGUGUGGUCAGGGGGGCACACAGUAUCACGAAAUCAACAGAUAUGCAAGAAGAAAAGCUUCACAAGGUUUUCAAAGCUAAGGAGAAUACGAGAAUUUGUUCUUCCAAGUAGCAGACUGCUUGGCAACGACGCCUUCAUCCUCUUUAAUCAUAAAUAUUAUUCUUCUAAACAUCCAACAACAAUAAGGACGACUGCCAGCAAAAAUGUUCUAAAUCAGGAGAAGAAGAAAUAGCAGAUGCGUAAAAUGAUGUCUUCGUCAACACACAAGUUGCAUUUAUAUACCUAUGAAAUAGAGCGAUCCAAGGUGGGGAUAAAAAGAAAUCACACUUGCCAUAGCGGCAGGAUUUUUUUGGUUUCGUUCAAGGAGGCUAACUAGUUCAGAUUCAUCCUUGUUGAUGAACAUGCUAAAAUAAAAGAUUGAAAGAUUUCAUGGCCAGGCGGUCUUCGUAAUUGAAGAGAACACUGGAAUCAUCCUUUUCGAUAUAUA